CAUCUUCCUUUCCUAAAUUUUUCAGAAUGACAUAAGCGAUAAAAGCAGUUUAAAAGCUUAACUCUCCAGAAACUUUGAUAUCAAAUCAUUUAGUUUCAUGUAGCCUCUUUUAUUGUCUUUUGGUAAAAAAUUCAAAGAUGUUACGUUUCACAAUUAUUUUGGUUGUCUUAAUGGGAUGUGUGCAUCAAUUAUAUUCACAAUCCACAGAAGCUGUGACUGCAGCCGAAAUUGCAACAGAAGGUGGGAGCGUUUCAACUGAAGCUGCGACCCCAAGUCCAAUGGAAAUGACAACAACUGCUCCAGAAGAAGUGACAACAUCUGCUCCAGAGGAAGUGACAACAUCUGCUCCAGAAGAAGUGACAACCGCAGAAACAGAAACCACAACGCAAGCAGAAGAAGAUGAUGGGGGCUUUCUGCAGACAAUUUUUGGUUACAUAUUUUCAGCAAUCUUUUUUCCUAUCACUGGUCCUUUUAAUUUAAUUAGAGGAGUAUUCGGCUAACAUGUGCUACAAUUUUCACAUAUGACUGCAAGCAAUUUAAUUAUAACUUUUUUAUUUCUUUGAAAUAUGCAUUAUUUUUGAAAAUUAUUUACAGAGAAAUAAAAUUUUUAUAAAGCGUACCUUUUUUCCCAUUAUUUA